CAGAAAACGACGGCGAUCGACAACAUAGUUUAGAUGGGGAAUGCAGCGAGCGAUGGAUCCACGAGUGCCGCGUCCAUCUUUGACGCGGCCCAGACGUCCGCGCUGGACAAGAUCGUCAGCGAGCAGUCGUACAUGAUGAGUGACAGCGUGUGGGUAACGUUCUUCACGCUUGACCAGCCUCUGCUGGACAUGCCACCCGCAACUUUGCAGCAGUUCUUUCGGCCAUACGCACACAACUUUGCACGCAACACGGUCCGGAGUGGGAACUUUCGCAUGCUCAUUCGACAUGUCACGCGCAGUGUGCGGUAUCUGUCGCCGCCGCGGCACCACGCCGACACCAUCGUGACCACCACCACGACGGUGCUCGCGACCGAAUCCUUCCACGUGAUCAACGUCCUCUGCGUCGUGCGGCACUUUAUCAAGCACUUCAUCGAGCACAACUGCGACGUCGUGACUUUGUUCGCCACCGAAGGCAACAGCACUUCCUCCUCCAACAACGACAUCGCCGUGGACUUUUUAGAUGCCCUGCUUCUCCUUCUCUUUGAUGCUCCAACAGAGGACACAUACGACCUCCAUCUAGAAGGGAUCAACCUCCUGCUCGUGCUUGCAUCGUCCACAGCCUACCCCUCGACAUCAACGUCCAUGCAUCCGACGCUUCUCGAUGUGUUCAUGACGCAUGCAUCAGCAUCCGACGAGCGAGGAGGUGGUCGGCCGUCACAGCGGGCCGAUGACCUCGUCAAGCGACUCCUUCUAUCGUACUUGGAUCAACUGCCAGCCCCGCGCAUGGAGUCAGCCGCCGCCAUCGCCGCCACCGCCGCGCUUCCCCCGUCCACAACUAGUAGUUGGGACAACGUGGUCGAGUUUUUCAGCGAAAUCCAAGUGUUUCCGCUGGCUGACCGCAGUGCAUUGCUGCUGCUCGUGCUGGUCACUGCCAGCAACGGCGGCGGCGGCAAUCCAUUUAGGAAAGCGCUGGCGACGCUGGCCGAUCGCGACGAGUCACGCAUGCUGGCUCAUAGUCUGCCGUUCUCGCACGUUGUGGCGGUGCUUGGCAGGAACAUCCACAUUGAGUUGCACGCAACGUUGCUGUACCACGCGCUACUCCUGAACCCAUCGUUCCGCGACGCGCUGUGCCGACCCGUGGACGUCGAUCACUUUGUACCUUGUGUUGUGUAUGCAAAGUAUAUACUAAACAAAGUAUGGGUGCAGGUCUUACCACUGCUGGAAGCCAUCUACAUACACACGCUAUCGCCCCCGCGCCUGUACACGCUUCUUGCUGUCCUCUUGCACCUAUCCGAAAACCCACCCGUGGUGCAAACACUCCACCAGUCCCAGGUACACACCGAAAAUAGUGUUAUUUUUGACUUGCACUUAGGUGCAGGACCACCAAACGUGGUACCAAGAGCGGUACCUUUGCGAUUUGUCGGCAGCGAGUGUGGGAGUUCUCGUGCUGUGUCGUGUGCUCAAAGCCAACUUGAGUGUCUUGCAUGACUCAUUGGUGCAGUCGAUGGCCAUGGCGUUGCUGUGGAACGUCAUGCAGUUCGCCAAGAACUUGCACCCGACUGCAACCCAGAGCCUCGUCAAGUUGCUGGCCCACGCGGCCAAGAAGGAGCAACUCCUCCGACCAAGUCCUGACGAGGCGGCGGCGUACCUUGCGACGGCGCGGGACCUCCUGCUGUGCAUCCAACUGGGGUGCACACCGCGGCUCCUGCCAGCGAACGCGCAGCUGAUGUACUCGCUGUUGCAUGCGAGUGACGUGUUGAAUGGGUUGGCCAUGCACCCGAGUGAAGCGCUUCGGGACGACAUCGCGAUGGUGUUGGGCACCGUCGCGUACUGCAGAGCGAUGGUGGACCAGGGUGACGACGAAGGGGACGGCGACGACGACGGAAGGAUGCACGACCUGACCAUGGAACAAGUGCUGGAACGCAUCCAAGGCGGGUGCAAAGCGCUCGCGCAUUCGGUACGACUGUACGUACAUGCGGAGUUGAGUUGGCUCAUGGGCUUGGUGGAUAUGGUAGACGGCCAGCCAAGAGCAACCAGAAGUGUACUAUCGAUACGAAGCGCAAGACGAAAGCACCAUGAGGAGAGACGAUGGACGCAUGUUCUUCAUGCCGAGGCUGUGGCAGGAGACGGUGCGGCAUACCACCGACCUCGCAUGGAGCCCAGACAAGAUGGUGUUGUCGUCGGGGUAGAUGUAGGCAAUGUCCAUGGACGAGCGCAAUACUAGUAGACUUUAUCAUGUCCCCCUGUUCUCGUGACGUACGUACGCAGCAUCGACAUGCUGCUUCCUUCGAGGAACCCCAUCGUGUACAUGUCAUGUACAUGAUGGUACAGUUUCAUCUUUGAGCAAUAACG